AUGCUUCCCAUCGAUCGCUCGGAGGACUUCAUGUUCGCCUUACGGAAGUUCUGCGGCACCUACGGCAACAAGACCAUGACCCAGCCUGCCCUCAAGAUACUUCAGUCGAUCCCACUCGUCCACUCUGCUCUAGCAGUCAAGGAGGCAGACAAGAUGUCUGCAGCACAGCGAAACCUGGCAGCGUCAAAGUGCAUGCAAGAGAUCGCGGUGCCUGGUUUUAUCAAGCUGAUCGAGCACGCCCUGAGCACCAUGGACGGGCCGCUGCAGAUGCCUCACAAGUGGAAGGACAUGGCGUACUACACGACCCUUGGUUCAGGUGUGUAUCUAAUGUGGCUACAUCAAUUCGUAACACGUACCUAAGACUCAUGUUGUGUUGUGCUGGUCGUGUGACGGCACGCCCGACCAUCAUGUGGAAUGUAGCAAAUAGUUACAACGGCUUUU